AUGGCAAUGUGGAAAGCAACAAAGGCAGCAAUUUGCCGGGUAAAAUGGGAAGAGAGGAACAAUAGAAUCUUCUUGAAGAAAAGUAGAACGAUAGAGGAAGUGAUUGAUAGUACCAAGGUGGAAGUAGCCCAUUGGUCCGAAGUAGCACAAUCUUCGAGAGUAAGAGAUAAAGUAAGGCUGGAGUGGAAAGCACCUGAAGGCAAUAAAGUAAAGCUGAAUUUUGAUGGGUGCUCAUAUGGAAAUCCAGUCAUCUUAGGAAUAGGAAUAUUAAGAAACUCUGAUAGGAGGAUAUUGGGUAUGUUCUCAGGACCGAUUGGCAACGGAAACUUGCUGAAGGCUGAACUAUUGGCAUUACUACAAGGGCUAAAGCUAGUCAAACGACUAGGAUGUAGACAUGUUGAAGUGGAAGGGGACUCAAAAGUAGUAAUUUCAUGGGCAGCAAAUAGCAGCACCACCCCAUGGACGUUUAAAUAUGAUUAG